GUCGGCUAGGUUUACCGUUGAGCCGAUAAUGCGAACCGGGUCGUACCCCAGGACCCUUAAAACCCUGAACUCGAAGCGUAGCAGUAGCAGAAGAGUUAGACCAGACAGAGAUGGCGAAGAAGGACAAAGCAGAAGAGUUACUGAAGACAUUGGAAGACUUCACCAGCAAAGAAAACUGGGACAAGUUCUUCAGCAUCAGAGGCAGUGACGAUUCCUUCGAAUGGUACGCCGAGUGGCCGAGUCUACGUGACCAGCUCAUCUCGCAUCUCUCCUGCUUACACCCUCCCUCAGGCGACGCCGGAGCUCCAGCACCGGAAGUUGCAGCAGCUUCGGUGCAAAUCCUGGUGCCCGGUUGUGGCAAUUCUAGACUUUCAGAGCAUAUCUAUGACGUUGGAUUUCGCAGUAUCACCAACAUCGAUUUUUCAAAAGUCGUUAUCUCCGACAUGUUGCGCCGCAACGUCCGGUCUCGGCCUGGUAUGCGGUGGCGCGUCAUGGACAUGACCAGUAUGCAGUUCAUGGAUGAGAGCUUUGAUGCUGUUGUUGAUAAGGGUGGACUGGAUGCAUUGAUGGAGCCGGAGCUUGGCCCUAAGUUGGGCAGUCAAUAUUUGUCGGAGGUGAAGAGAGUUCUGAAGUCAGGUGGGAAGUUUAUUUGUCUCACCUUGGCGGAAUCUCAUGUUUUAGGUUUGCUUUUCCCAAAGUUCAGGUUUGGGUGGAAAACUGCACUUCAUGCCAUACCGCAGAAGCCGUCUAACAAGCCCAGCCUUCUGACCUUUAUGGUGGUUAUUGAGAAGGAGAGUUCGUCUGUGGUGCACCAGAUUGCAUUUUCAUUUGAUCAAUGUUCUCUCAAUUAUAAUGAGAACCAGGGCCGUGAUCUUCUGGAAGCUCUUGAAAAUGAGAACAAAGUGCGCAGUGAAUGCUCCACAGAUGCUGAUAUUUUAUAUUCUCUUGAAGACCUGCAGCUAGGAGUUAAAGGUGAUCUGAAGGAGCUUAUACCUGGUCGAAGAUUGCAGCGUACUUUGGGUGAAGUUGGGGUUUCCCGUUUCAGCUACAAAGUUGUCUUUCUGGAUGCUCAGCAACUGCCUGAACCAUUCUUAUAUCAUUGUGGGGUUUUCCUUGUGCCUAAGACACGAGCUCGUGAUUGGCUCUUCUCUUCGGAAGAAGGACAGUGGAUGGUUGUUGAGAGCUCAAAAGCUGCACGUCUAAUCAUGGUUUUGUUAGAUUCCAGUCACAGUCAUGCCAGCAUGGAUGAUAUUCAGAAGGAUCUGUCACCAUUGGUUAAAAGCUUGGCUCCUGCAAAAAAUGACAAUGGAGCUCAAAUCCCUUUUAUGAUGGCCAAUGAUGGUGUCAAGGAACGAAACAUUGUUCAGCAGGUCACAUCAGCCCUGACUGGACCCAUAGUUGUUGAAGAUGUGAUAUAUGAAAAUGUCAGUGCAGAUGGCAGUGGCCUUUUUUCAUCCAAAGAUUUGAUGUUCCGCCGUCUUACUUUUGAAAGAAGCCUGGGUUUGGUGCAAUCGGAAGCUUUGGUAAUUACAGAAGUAUGUCCUGAGAAAGCACUUGCUGAAACAGAGCGGAAGAAAACCAGCUCCUUGUCGAAAUCCAAGAAGAAAGGAAGCAAGAGAAGAAAUGAUUCUCUCACGUCAUUAACUGAUGAAUCCAGAAACAAACUGAAGGUUGACCACAACUAUUUGGCUAGUUCUUACCAUACCGGGAUCGUUUCUGGAUUUAUGUUGAUUACACCCAAUCUGGGAAGUGCAUCAUUGUCUGGAAGAUCAGUUAGGACAGUUAUAAUUGGUCUUGGAGCUGGUCUUGUUCCUAUGUUUCUCCGUGGAUGCAUGCCAUUUUUGGACAUUGAGGUGGUGGAGUUAGAUCCUAUGAUUCUUAAUGUAGCAAGGGACUAUUUUGGAUUCAUUGAAGAUAAGCAUUUGAAGGUACAUAUUGGUGAUGGAAUCCAGUUUGUACGAGAAGUGGCUGUUAAGCAUGGAGAUGGAAGUAGUUCCAAGAUUCCUGAAGAUGGCAAGGAAAUUUCCAAAAUUGACAUACUUAUUAUCGAUGCAGACUCUUCUGACCCGAGCUCCGGAAUGACUUGCCCCCCUGCAAAUUUCGUGGAAGAGUCUUUUCUAUUUUCUGUAAAGAAAUCCCUUUCUGAAGGUGGUCUCUUUGUUAUUAAUUUGGUCUCAAGGUCCCCAUCUAUCAGGGAGAUGGUAGUUUCAAGGAUGAGGGCGGUCUUUACUCACCUCUUUUCCCUUCAGCUUGAGGAAGAUGUCAAUGAGGUUCUCUUUGCCCUUACCACGGAGACAUGUGUGAAGGAGGAAUUCUACCCUGAAGCUGCUUCUCAACUUCAGAAGCUCUUAAAUUUCACUCACCCAGAAAGAGGUCAGAGUAUCAUUGAUACAACAAAGAACAUCAAAUGUAUGAAGUAGGGUGAAGUGGUGACAAGUUGAGCUUCUGUAUGAUGAAUUCUUGGUGGAGCUGGUAAUUCAAGCUGUGGAAUUUGUUCACCGAAGGCCUUAUGGAGCACACUUGCGAUUAUAUUGUUUCCUGACUGAAAGGGGGGGGGGGAGAACAGAGGGAAUGCAUUCUCCCCAUAUUCAAGAGGUAAUUUUGCCAGGAUAAUGAUUUUUCUGUUUGACUUGGGAAGGGGCAACAGGCUUUUACCGGGAUUUUGUAGAUGGUUGAUUGGAUCAGCUCUGGCUGAUUUUGGGCAGAUCAUUCAAAAAUUGUACUUCGAGAUUUACUCCAUUUGAAUGCAGUCCCAGAAUUACAU